CCGGCAAAACUACGCGGCAGGUGUUGGCUGGUUGGUCUACGAAUCGAUGUUGUACGAUGAUUGAGAACAACACAAAAUGCAAACUUAUAACGCAAAAAAUCUUGCGCAAAACACAUAAGUACCGUGAACAUUUAAUCGACCCUAUGGAGCACUGACAACGAUUGGAAAUAGUUUUACGACCCGGCUUACGGAUUAGCGACUGAAUAUUUUCAAAACAAGUAUUGAUUUCUCGACGUUUGUGUAAGAAACAAAAAACAAAAUGAAUGAACUUUGCGCUUGAUACGGGACAGGAACAAUGAACGACAACAGCAGUGCGCCCGAAGCCGUAGCAGAUAACAAUAACUGCAGCGACUACUAUGACAACAGCGGCGGCGGCAAUUCGUCAAACCUUUGUCCGGUGUUCAGCACGGCCGACGGCGACGAAUACAGUUUACUAUUCGAGUUCAUUACUUACGGGAUCCUGUUAAACGUGAUCGGAGUGUUUGGCAUACUCGGUAAUGUGAUAUCCAUGAUCAUAUUGUCCAGACCGCAGAUGAAGUCGUCGAUCAAUUACCUGUUGAUCGGUUUGGCCCGCUGCGACACGGUGCUGAUAAUCACUUCCAUGCUGCUGUUCGGUCUUCAGAGCAUCUACCCGUCUACCACAUAUCUUUUCAAUUAUUAUUACAAGGUUUACCCGCUCAUUGCACCGGUCGUCUACCCGAUCGCCAUGAUUUCUCAAACCGUGUCCGUGUACCUGACGCUGACGGUGACACUAGAACGUUUCGUGGCCGUCUGUCACCCUCUACGGGCCCGGUCGCUGUGUACUUACGGCCGUGCCCGCGCCUACGUGGUGGUCAUCAUCGUGUUUUCCGUGGUGUACAACAUCACCAGGUUUUGGGAGGUGCGCGUUCACAAGUGUAUACACCCCGAGUACGACCAGUACGUGUACCAGGUCUACCCGAGCCCACUGCGAAACGAUAAAUCGUACAUAUCCAUUUACAUACACUGGAUGUAUCUGGUCAUCAUGUACUUCAUACCGUUCGGCUCGUUGGCCGUGUUGAACGCAGCCAUCUACAAUCAGGUGAGGAUGGCGAACAGAGAGCGACAGCGGUUGUCCCGGCUGCAGAAGAAGGAGAUAGGGCUGGCCACGAUGUUGCUGUGCGUGGUGGUCGUGUUCCUGUUGUGCAACGUUUGGGCGCUCAUAUCAAACAUCAUCGAGGCGUUCUACGGCAUCACCGUGGACGAACUGGUCAAGGUCAGCAACCUGUUGGUCACCAUCAACUCGUCCGUGAACUUUGUCAUCUACGUGAUAUUCGGCGAGAAGUUCAAACGGCUGUUCUUCAAGCUGUUCUUCCCCGGGGGCUUCUGGAUGUGCGGCUGGCAUCCGCCGGGCGGGCCCCGCGGCACCGACGACUACCAGGCCGACCACGCGGCCAUCGACGACAGCGUGGUGUCGUACAACGGCGGAGUGGCCGGCGGUCACCAUCAUCAUCAUCAUCAGCUGAAAGGAGGCGGGCUCGAGUGCCGUCAUCAGCUGCAGUCGUCGUCCGUGCGCCGUUCCCACUCUUGCCACCUUCACCGGUCGGCUUGCAACAAGUUCAAACGGUCGCGGUCGCACUGUCAGACAAUAAAGCUCAUAGACGGCCCGAACCACCCCGGCGACCGCGUGGCCGGCGAGCGCGUGUUCUACUCGAGGAAAUCCAACAGCGGCGUAUGGGAGACGUCCACCACGACCACGACCAACGUCCAUCAGAUUUGAACCGCCAUUGUGUCGUUGUACACGUGUGUAUACAGGGUGAUCCGAAUGCGUAAGUUCCUCUGCGAUAUCGUCCGGUCUGCCCUCACACGACAUUCGGCAACACGGACUAUAUCCCGAAGAGCACAAACAAUUUCGUUAAAAAUAUUAAAUACCCCCCCCCCUCGGCCGGCCAAAUGCCAAGAAUGGUGCGAGACCGUCUAUGUAGGUACUUCCGUGGUAAGUCCGAAUUCGGAUCGUCCUAGAAACUCAUCGAGAACUUACAUAUUUUGUUGUUUUUUUGUGUUGGUAGCACUGAGACAAGACGUUUAGCGACGUCGGUACCAAUUAAUCGUCAGCCAUGUUGUUGUGAAAUUGUAAAUUUAUUACUUUACCUAAAUUUGAGAUGUAUGAUAUGAAUACACGUCGUGGUGAUUCCACCACUUGCAACUUGUAAUAUUUAUUUUUGAAAACACUUUAGCUUGUGUUAUUUUACAAUAUUAGACAAUAUUCAAAUUUUAAUUUUUUUUUCCAGAGCUCAACUUUUGAAACUUAAAUGAUAACGUUUAGUUAAC